AUGGAGCAAAAUACCCUCAAAAGACGGGGCGUCGGCUUGACCGGAGUGGACAAGCAGCAUUCAUUCGGAGGUUUCACUCUCUUCUGUCCUCUCACAAGUGACCGGGCUCAUCUUGUCGAUAUUGAUGGCAAAGAAGUUCAUUCGUGGAAACUGCCAGGUAGAAUCGGUCGUCACGCAAGAAUCCUACCAAAUGGCAAUCUCGCAGUGAACACACUUCGUCCAGCUCCGGAACAAACGACUGCGGACGGAGGUCCAUAUCCAUUCCCGUUCUUCAACAAGUACGGCGGAGGUGUGAUGUCGGAGCUCGAUCCCGACGGAAAUGUUGUUCGCCAAUUCACCGAUCAUCUUGGCCAUCAUGACCAAUAUCACUAUGGCGAUGGUCGAAUCAUAUACACUUCCCUGGAAGCUCUUUCCGCAGAAGAUUCGGCAAAAGUAAUCGGUGGAGUGCCGGGCACCGAGAUCGACGGAAUCACCUACACCGAUACAAUUCGCGAAGUCGAUGGAGACGGCAACCUUCUUUGGCAGUGGAAAGCGUCCGAAAGACUUCCGCGAGAUGAAUAUUCACUGCAGCCGCAUUACACACGGGAGCACUAUCCCCUCAUCAACUCCGUACUCCCCUUGCGGGAUGGGAAACAUAUCCUCAUCUCCAUGCGUUCUGUGUCAGCCGUCGUUAUACUUGAAAGAUUCACUGGGAACAUUGUCUGGAAAGUUGGAUCCGAUGUUCUAGCGCAACAACAUAACGCAACAGAAAUGGAGAACGGGAAUAUCCUCAUCUUCGACAACGGCACUUUUCGGAACGGUGAAUCUAUCACAUAUACUCGCGCAAUUGAAGUCGACCGAACAACGAAGAAUAUUGUCUGGGAAUAUCGGGACAGGUCGCAAAUGCUCUAUUUUUUUACCCCUUUCAUGGGAAGUGCUCAGAGGCUUGCCAAUGGGAACACACUUUUGUGUGAGAGUGCCUUUGGUCGUGUAUUUGAAGUCACCUCGGAUGGCUAUAUUUGUUGGGAGUUCAUCAACCCUCAUUUCGCGCCAUACCCCGAUGAUGUAACAGCGAAUAUCUUCCCUGGAGAGUCCAAUGCUUUGUUCCGGGCGUAUCGAUACUCCCUGGAGGAAGUCCCCUGGCUGAAGCAAAAGUUAGUUUCUUCCCCGGACCAGAAUUAA